UAGUUCCAAAAUUUCUCUCUUUACUUCUUUAGUGCCUCUCCAGCUUCAGCUUCACGUGAAGCUGACCCAAACGCCUUGUUGAAAAACAACUCCUCCUUGGGACCAGUCACCUUUGGGAGCUGGUUUUGACCUGGCCGGCCGGUGGCACGCUCCCCGUACGAGCACGCAACUACGCAAGGCCACCCCGCCGGUCUCUCCUUCCGCCGCCAGAUCCUCCGCUCCUUCGCCCACAGCCGCCGCGGCCGCGGCCCUCCUCCCUGGUUGUUGCACUGUAGUACUGGAGUGGAGGUCCGGUCCCACGUUUGGGCGUGGACUCGACAAGCGCCAAACCGAGCACCCCCAAAUCCUGAUUCUGCUCAACACUGCGCCUGAAAUAUUUUCUCCGGUGGGGCUGCAAAGGCAAAUUAGGAGCGCUUCCAAGUUCCAAUCCCCGUUUGCUUGUACAGGGUAUAAUUAAAGAGGCAACGGAGUCAUGACCCUUUUGAGGGAGUAUUAGUAACCGCAUGAUCUUUUCGAGGGAGGCACGAUGGAAGGAAAUAACCUACCCUCUGGAAGCUUGAUGCAAGGAACACCUUACAGUAAUGUGGACUUGCAGCAUCAUAAACAUAUGCAAAUGCCUGCACCAAGCUCUGGAAACCAGGCUUUCAACCACUCUCAGGUGCCUGGCAAUUUCCCCAUUUGUCUGAACCAGGUUACAGAUUCCGACCAGCUACCUGAAUUCCAAUUUGGAGAGCACGGCAAGGUCAAUCACCACCAUCAUCCUCACCAUCACAAGCAGCAUGCAACGAAUAGCAUGAGCGAUGAUGAGGAGCAUGGUGUGCAUGAGGAUGCCACUGAUAGCCAGAUCGGCAAGGGAAAGAAGGGUUCCACAUGGCAUCGGAUGAAGUGGACUGAUUCGAUGGUUAGGCUUUUGAUUACUGCAGCAUCCUACACUGGGGAAGACCCAGGAGCUGAUUUAGGAGGUGGUAGGAGAAGCUGUGCAAUGAUGCAGAAGAAAGGCAAGUGGAAGGCCAUAUCAAAAGUCAUGGGCGAGCGAGGCUGCCUCGUGUCGCCGCAGCAGUGUGAGGAUAAGUUCAAUGACCUAAAUAAGAGGUAUAAAAGGCUUACAGAUAUCCUUGGUCGGGGUACUACUUGCAGAGUUGUGGCGAACCCGGAACUUCUGGAUGGCAUGGCUAAUCUCUCAGAUAAGAUGAAAGAUGCCGCGAGGAAGAUAUUGAGCUCUAAGCACUUGUUCUAUGAAGAGAUGUGCUCCUACCACAACAAUAAUUGGUUCAGUUUACCUGAAGAUCCUGCACUUCAGCGAUCGUUGCAGCUUGCUCUUAAGUGUAAGGAUGAGCAUGAUGCAAGGAAGCGAGCAAGUGGAGAUGCUGAUGAAGAUGAUCAAAGUGCAGACACUGAUUAUGAAGAAGAGAAUGAUGAUGAGCAUCCCAUCACGCAUGCCAAUAAGGGGACCCUACUCACGCGUAAAAGAUUGCGGUACAUGCCGGCGGAUAUGGAGGAUGUAGGUUUCGGCAACUCUUCCAGCUCACAUGACUGUAGCUGGAGAUCUGAUCCCCAUAGCAUUGCAGUGGACAUCAACAAAGCUUCUCCAGAUGGAACUAACUUGGCUUCGGUUCAAAAAGACUUGGCUACACAGUCUGCGGAGAUUGAGAAACAGCGUAUGGAAAUUGAAGUUGAGGCAUUGGAGCUUGCAAAACAACGUCUCAAGUGGGAGGCAUUUAGUAAGAAGAAGGACAGAGAGCUAGAGAAGAUGAGGUUGGAAAAUGAACAAAUGAAGAUUGAGAAUAAACGUUUGGAGCUAGAGGUAAGAUAUAAGGAGUUGGAGCUUGAACACAAACCACAAGGCCAUGGCAGUCAUGCAACAUGAUAAUAUCUUUAAAAUCGCGAAGACUGAAAUGCAAGAUAGUGUAGACAUUUUAUAGCACUGUUCAUGCAGAAGUAACACCAAGCGUCAGAAGCAUUUCACAUGUAGUACUGCUGUCUUCGCUCAAUUUGCUGCUUGAGGCAGCCAGGCUGCUCCAUGUGUGCUGAUACUUGAUGCGGUGUUACGAAAUAGUACCUUGCUUCCACAUCCAGGAUUACCGAAACGAAGCCUGAAGACCGCAAAGAAUAUGCUAUGGUGCAUGCAGACCUUACUUGCCUAUCGUCAUGAAGCUAUACUGUUGUCUGAUACCAUAUAAAAUUUCGGAAAUGCUAGCAUCACACCAUUUAUUUUCCUUGGUUUUUUUUCCCAGCUAUUCUUCCCUGUUGGCCCCUUACAGGUUGCUGUUGGCACUGAUAAUAGAACAUAGCACAGCAAUACGAUUGACAAGCGCAACGUUUGUUCGUUA